AUGGUAUUCCUAAUUAUGGAUCGAACAAUGAAAGAACAUGAAUGUCCCUGGCCAACUUACCAUAUUGAAGUUCCAAAUAGAUUAGAAGUUAUAAUUAAUCGAUUUGAGGUAGAACUCAACAUAAAUUAAUGAAAAACGAAUAAAAAUUAUUUCAGAAAACAAAUUUGUCUUCAGAUCCACUCAUAAAAAAUAUUGAAACAAGAUUAGCUUCGAAAGAUGAAAUAGAAAUUGUACAUACUCAAAGAUAUAUUGAAGAUAUUGAAAAAUCGCAAGAAUUGACUGUGGUAAGUUUCUUGAAAAUUGUUGGAUUAUUUCUACAGUACUCUAUUUUUCGAAUUGAACCGAAGAUUGUCGGAGGACUUAUUGAAACUUCAAACCAAAUAUAUUUAUACAAAUUUUUCUGAAUCAUUUCAUCUACAGUAUUUUUUAAAAAUAAUUUGUCCAUCUAAAAUUCAAAUCUACUUAUUUUCAUUUUCAGGAACAACAAGAAGAAUUAUGUACAAAAUAUGAAGAUAUUUAUUUGAAUAAACAAAGUUGGAAAUGCGCCAGAAUGGCAGCCGCCGCAUCGAUUGAUUUGGUGACAAAAGUUGUAGAGAACAAGUUAGUUAAUCUAGAAUUUCGAAAAAAAUAGGAUUUUUACGUGAAACGUGAAAUGUGACAUGGCAGUUUGAAAAUGUUUAUUUUUAUAAUUUUUUUCUUUUUCAGAGAAAAUGGAUUGGCAUUAGUUCGACCACCUGGACAUCACGCAAUGCCUGAUAAAGGAUGUGGAUUUUGUAUUUUCAAUAAUGUUGCAAUUGCCGCCAAACAUGUUUGUUUUACCCCGAUUUUCUCAAAAUCAUACAACAUAAAAUCUUAUCUAGGCUCGAAAAAAUGGAUGUGAACGUGUAUUAAUUGUUGAUUUUGAUGUUCAUGCUGGACAAGGAACUCAAGAAUGUAUAGAAGAUGAUGAAAAUAUCAAAUUGAUUAGUAUUCAUCGAUAUGAAUUAGGAGAAUUUUGGCCGAAUCUUGAGCAAAGUGGAUUAUUUCAUAAAUGUAAAGAGGUCUGUUUUUUCGAAAAAAAAAAUGAUUUUUUUCAGUUAAAAAUACGUUGAACGUUCCGUUGAAUGGUGUUGGUUUCACUGAUUCGGAUUAUGUAAAAAUAUUUAUUUGUUUGGUUCUUCCAAUUAUUUCAGAUUGGAAACCAGAUCUUAUUAUUGUAUCUUGUGGAUUUGAUGCAGCUCUAGGUAAAAAUAUUUGAAUAAAAGUGCAUUAAAAAUUAUUUAUAUGCAGGUGAUCCUGAAGGAUAUAUGAAUUUAACACCAGCUGGAUAUGCAACUUUGAUUAAAAUGCUGAUAAAUACUAAUAUUCCUCUAGCUGCAAUUUUGGAAGGUGGAUAUUUUCUUGAUUCGAUUGCUUCAGAUGCAGAAUGGGUUUUAAGAACUCUUCUCAAUCAAAAUGUUCCAAAAAUUAUUAUUGACACAAAGGUAAAUCUCAAAAUAUAUUUACUACAGUAAUCCAUUAUUGUUUCAGGAAACCCGAGAACCACUAAGGAAGGUUAUCAAAAUUGUAUUGGAAACUCAUCAAAAUGAAUUCUCGAGUUUUAAAGACAUUUUAAAUUUGUUAAAAAUUAAAGCAGACACAUAUGACGAUGAUUAUUUUGGAGAGAGAAAUGUAUGCGAACCAUAUGAAACAAGAGGAUUGUAUAUACCAUUCACUGAAGAGAAAGUUGAAAAGUUUAGAAGAGAAUUGGAGGAAAUUGUGAAAAACUAUGAAAAAAAUGAGGAAUAUCAAUUGAAAGCUAUACAGAAAGCUGACGAAAAUUUCAAAAUUCGCGAGGGUAUUUUAUAUACAAAUAAUUAUUUUGUGGCACUUACUGUGAGUAGAAUUCGAAUGUAAUUUUAUUGAAAAUAAUUUUUCAGAUCGGACUAACCCAAAACCCAUUAUUGGCAAUUCCAGACGGUUUGUCGAAAUCUCACCAAAGCCAGGAUAUUAUUGAAAAUAUUUUGAAAUUGUGA